CUGCUCCGAAGAGUAGGGCUUAAUUGAGUGGGGGAGGCUCAGCUCACCAUCGGAGGCGACGCCGAAGACCAGGCCUGACAUCAAAACCCUCUAGCUGCUGAUCAGUUCUCCGAUUCCGACGCUCUGCUCUCUCUCUCUCGAUGCCUUAGCACUGAACUCGACGAUCUCCUGUGGGGUUUGUUCGUCGAUCCGGUUGCGCACUAGCCGCUCCAUUGACGGCAGCCAUGGCGCUCCCUUUUGGGAAGCUCGCCAUUCUCGUCGGGGCAGGUGUUGUUGGGUCUAUUCUUGCAAAAGAAGGGAGUUUGCCGAGUGUCUCAGAUGUUUUCUCUGGCGCCUUCAAGAUUGCUUUAAAGGGAAUUAAGCAGGAUGAGUCUACUACAUCAGUCAAGAAGCCACGCAAUGAUUUUUUGAUGGCUCAGGUCAGUAGCCUGAGGGAGGAAUUGCAGCUCUUGGCAUCCAAUAGGCCUGUUACCAUUGUAACUGCUACUGGAACAAGUGGUAGCAGAUAUGGUGUUGUUGUCAUUGUUGUCGUAGUGGGAUAUGGUUAUGUCCGGUGGAAGGGGUGGAAACUUCCUGAUUUGAUGUUUGCUACAAGGCGUAGUUUAUCAGAAGCACGCAAUAGCAUAGCUAAACAACUUGAGAAUGUCUAUUCAUCUAUUGGGGCCACCAAGCGUCAUUUAUCCUCAAGAAUGGAUAGCGUGGAUAAUAAUCUAGACGAGGUUGCACAGCUUACUGCAUCAACAAGGGAAACGGUCUCUGGUAUUAGUGCUGAGAUGGAAACUAUUAAUGCCAAUGUUGCAGUUGUGCGUGAUGCUGUUGAAAAUCUGGGGUCAAAGAUUGGUAGAAUUGAAGGCAAACAGAAUAUGACGGCCAAGGGGGUGCUGUACUUAUGCAACUUUGCCUCGACUUUGGGUCCGAAUGAACCCAAAGAACGCAUUCAGGCUUCACCAAGCACUUCCAAAGCCCCUCUCGAAGCACCGCCUACCCCAUUAUCAAGGAUUAAUUCUUUACCUCGGGGGUUGUUGCUCGAACUCUCAUCGUCGUCUAAUUCCAAUGAAUAUCACCAGGAGAGGAAUGGAGAACCAGCUGGAGCAGAAUCCUCUACCACUCCCCCAGCUGCGAAUGGGACCCAAACACCGGAAGCCACGAGCAGCAACCAAUCAUCAAGCUACGGGCUGUUUACUCGCAGGCUCUCGAGCAUCAAUCCCGCCUCAUUCAUUUCAAGAACGCACAGCCUAGGUAGCGCAGUGCUUCAACAGGUUCGCCAAAGCAGCCAGCAGUCCUGAAGAAAUAAUGUGCCUCUUCAUGCUUGACAAUGGGAAAACUCUUUUCCUUAUUUUUGUAGUUUGGGGAAAUUGCGGUUCAUGGAAUUAUACACUAUAUGCAUAUAAAUAUAAACCGUAUAGAUUAUAAAGGGGAAGAGAGGCAUUUGAUUUUGUAGUGUAACUUGGUAAUUUCUGCCUUUCAUUUUUAAUUUGAGGGCACUGUAGUUACGUCUAUUAUGUAUAUUUCUUGAGGAGCCAUAGCCAUUUCCAUAAUAGGUGGUGGAGAAAUAAGUUUCUUUUGCCUCGAAACUGUUGAUGAUACUAAUCAUGCAUCUGCACGUAUGCAAUAACAAUCUCGUCAAUGGACAUUUUUGUAUCAUUUAGUUUUUUUUUUUUAA